AUGGCUUUUAUGCUGCUGCUUCGCGCGGUUGGCUACUGCAUGUAUGGGGCACUCCAGCGUCGUCAGCUGCUCCGUGCCAACCCGCAGGCGGUUGUUGACCCACUGAAGAAGCACCACACACGCGUCUACGCAGGAAUACGAAUGGCGGAUAUCUUUGGCCACGUCAACAACGCCAAAUAUCUUGAGAUAUGUGAGCUCGCCCGCUGGCAUUGCGCAGGUUACACCGGUCUUGUGGGGGCGCACUGGAGGACAAGGACAAGCUUCAUCGUCGCCUCUGUCAGCGUGCAAUACGUGCGAGAGCUUCCACCGUGUCGCAGUUACCUGGUGACCACCGAGGUGCUGGGCUUUGAGGAGGCAGGCCCUGUGGCACCCGAGAGGCCAGCGUCGGUGAGGGAGGAGGGCGGGGCGGCGAAGACGUUGCUGCCACCCGCUGGGCGCCUGGUGAUGAUGCACGAGAUAUGGAGCAUGGACAAGAAAACCCUGUACGCCGGGAUUUUGCUGCGAGCCGCGUUGGUGGGUGAUUCCACAUCGCCUUUUGCUAUCCCGUCUGGAGACCGGCGACGCGGCAAACAUGCCUUGCUGGAUUCCAGGUCCCUUUUCGCAGUGGACAGGAGCCUGGAGGAGGUCAAUCGCCAGGCUGAGUCAAACCUGAAGGGUCUCCACAAGCGACUGGGCUUCCAGCCAAGCCAGGAGGGUUUCCUGGGGGAACCAUGGAUUGAGGCCUCGCGGCGUCUGGAAAAGGAGUGGCGUUCAAGGCUGCGGAGUGCGAAGGAGCCCUGA